CAUCAAUAGCGGCGGAAGUAAUCCCUCCACCACCAACUAUAAAUUCUCAAGAGGCGAAAGCUUUUCCUACUUCUUUACCCGCUCCAAAUGCGAUCACCUCUACUCUUACUCCAGCACCUAUUGUUGUCAAUCAGCCUCCAAAUGUGGUUAGCCCACAACCCAUGGCUUCCAUCCAGCAACCUGCUGCUUCUGAUCAGGUCGUGAAUCCUCGACCUGCUCCCAUCAUGGCAGGUACGGUCUCCUCACUAACAGCGAAUUUACCGACCACACCAACACCUUCAGUCAUUCAAUCUUCCUCAAAACCAGUCCCUUCAAACCCAACCGCCUCUCAGCCGAUCACAUCUGAUCAACUAGCAUCAGAUUGGAAAGAUUCUAUCAAUCCAAGUUUAGUUGCUGUUCAUAGUCCAGCUCCUAUGAAUGAAACAAUGAAAGUGGUACCUGAAUCGAUCAUCGUCACACCUCAAGUGAUUUCAAAUGAAGUUCAACCACAACCCAAGUUGUCUUCGAAACCUUUAAGUGUGAUGGAAGAAAUGGAAUUAGUAAUUGAACAACAACGUAAAACUCAAACAGAUUCAAUUCCAACCAAUCUUAUUACACCUAAAACAAUUCAACAAGAUUCAGAAACAAUUAAACCAAAUGCUAAUCCGAUUGGACCAUCCAUGACUUCUUUACAAAAUCAUCAAAAUGAUGAGAGUAGAGUGAUGGGUGAAUUGAGUGCUGAUUCUUCUUCUACUACUAAUACUGCGGGAAUUCAUUGUGGAGCUAUUGAUCCAGCUAUUCAAGGAACUUUAAGGAAUCAGUCUGGUCAUGAUAAAUGAGAUGUAUGUUUUGUCCGGUUUGAAAGGAGCAAAGAUGAAAAGAAAGAUCAAGGGGGUGAUUGGUUUUUAAAGUUGUUGGACUUUAGAUGAUUUUAUUUAAUAUUGCUUUUUUUGUUUUGAUUUUUGAUUGUUUGAAUUUGUUUGAAAGAGAAAAUGUUUUUUUUUGAUUGAUUGAUUGAAGUGUAUAUGAUUUUUUGGAUGUGAUGUGACGUGAUGGUGAUGGUGAUGUGAUAUAGAUAGUAAGAAUAUCUUGUAAAAUUGAGAAUUUAUGAAAAUGGAUUGAAACUG